AUGCCUCAAUCGGGGACAAAAGAAUUCGGCUGUAGCCUGACUGUUAAUCAGAAGUUCCAUCUUUCUCUCCAUUUUAUUGUCGCUGCGCCUGAACCAGACCAUGAAAAUCACAUAUCCAGCUCUUCCAGUCUUCUGCUUUUCUACACUCUAUUGGCCUGCAACGGCGCCAGAGGCUCCACUCGUCUGCAAAUGGCUCGAAGCCUUGGUCUCAUUAAGACUGAGCUCGAAGCCUCCGACGAAGCGCUAGUCGAGGCAGCCAGUGCUUUAGGCAGCCGUUUAAACAGCCUCCUGACUUCCGACGGAGAGGAUGAGCCUUCCAACGCUGGGCAAGAAGGUCUGGCCGGGGCCGCCAAGUCAGGCGGUGUGAUAGCUUUGGCGAUCGGCGUUUUUGUACAGCAAGGCUAUCCGAUAGAAGACACUUUCCUCAACGCAAUGAAACAGAUCUUCAAGGCUCAAAUUGGCCAUGUACGUUUACAUGAGACACUGUAUUCCGGCAUUUUUAGGCUCAUCUCUUGGGUCAAAAAAGCUCUUAAACCUGUCGAAAAGCUUGAUAUUUUGGUUGUAUCUGAUUGUAGCCGCCAAAAGUCUAAGUCUUUCCAUCAGGUGGUCACUUUUGCCUGUAAAGGUGUAGGAAAGGUUGUCUACAUCUCAGACAAACUUGGCUGCAUCGAGGCCAAGUUUGUGUACCAGCGUCUCCGAGUGCAUCGUUGUGUUGGCAACGGCAGUGAUACUUUUUUCUUGUCUUCGUGUCUGUAUUUUAACAGUAUCGGUAUGAUUCAGCGACCCCAUAAAGGCUAA